ACAACGACCCACACCGAAUUAAAACGAACGUAGGCCGCCAUUUCUUUCACCACCAUUCGCCAUCCGUUCUUUGGCGUCGGCGUCAGUUUACUCUGCAGUUGUUAGUGAGUUGUUUACUAUUGCUAGUGUAAUUGUUUUUAAUAUUCAAAGUAUUAAAGAUUCUUCAACUCUUUCUUUAGAAUACCGUCAAGGUAAAAUUCGAUCCUUACUACUCGGUAAUUGGAAGUAAAAAGUUAAUUCUUGGACUGUCUUAAUCUCUCAUGAUGAAUCGCAGCGAGAGACCCGACAGAGGAACAAUUGUAUAUGUUGGAGGAUUGGCAGAUACUGUUAAAAAAGAAGAUCUAGAAGUUGAGUUUGAGAAAUUUGGAAAACUUAACAGAGUUUGGGUUGCGUUCAACCCUCCUGGUUUUGCUUUCAUUGAGUUUGAAAAUAAGGAAGAUGCUGAGGCAGCAGUUAACACUUUACACGACGCAACUAUUUUGAACUCUAAACUUCGUGUAGAGAUUUCUCGUGGGCGACCUCGGGGUGGACGAGGAGGAAUGUCAUCAGGAAGAGGUGGUGAGCGAGGAAUGAGGGGUGGUCGUGGAAGUUUUAGAGGUAGUCGUGGAGGAGAUUUUAGUCGGGGCAGGGGAAUGGGAAGAGAAAGAGGUGGAUUUGGUGGUUCAUUUGACCGUAUGGAAGACUUCAAACAAUUCAGGGGAGAUAGAAUGGGUGGAAGUAGAUUUGAUGAUUUUGAAGAUAGGCAAAGGCCAGGAUUUGAUGACAGAGAUUUUGGAGCACUAAGAGAUUUUGGAGGUCGUAGAGAUUUUGGAAAUGUUGAAAGUUCAAGAGGUUAUGGGCCUGUUAGAGAUUUCCCAUCGCGAGAUGCAGUACCUAGCAGAGAGUUUCCUGUUCGCGAUAUAGGGGGCAGAGACUUCGUUUCGCGAGAUGUUGGAGGAAGAGAUUUUCCUCCUUCCAGAGAUAUAGAACGAGAUUAUCUUGGCGGAAGAGACAUUAGGAGUGGUAGGGAUUUUGAAAUGAGAGAUUAUGGUAUUGAAAGGGAACUCAAUGGAACCCGAGGAUAUGGAGGUGCCCGAGAUUUAGGCGCAGUAGAGCGUGAUUAUGCUAGUGCGCGAGAUUUUGGUAGUGCAAGAGAUUUUGGAGCUAACCAGUCUCCUUAUGGAGGCAGAGAUUUCGCAGCAGCUAGAGAAGGUCCUCCAGCACGCGACAUUGGCGGAGGAAGAGACUAUGGUGGAAAUAGAGACAUCGGUAUGAGGAGAGAUGCUGGUGUUAGAGAUUUUACUUCACCUAGAGAUGUUGCAAAUCCAAGAGAUUUUGGGGGAAGGCCCUCUAGAAUAGAUUAUACUGAGGGUGACAGAUUCGGCGGAGGUGGAAGGGGAGGCUUCGGCAAUGGAGAAGUACGAAGGGCCGGAGCCUUUGACAGCGGCAGAUUCUCUGGCGGUGAUGUCGGCGGUUCAGGCGAUUACGGCGGCUACGGUGCAAGAGACAGGUUCCGAAGUCGUUCGCCGAUUGGCAGAGUAAGUCGACCUCUUUACUGAUCAGAACAAAAGGAUGUGAGCAGUAACUUCUCUCUAAGGGACAUUGAUAUUGAGAAUCGCUUCCACACCUCCAUGGCAUUUACAUCAGUAUGAACUAAGUUAUGAAUAUGUAGACCACUUUGUAAAUUGUUUUUAAUUUUGAACAUAUACUCAAAUUUUAUAAGUAGCCUAGAUAGUAUAUUAUCCGUAAUGUUUAGUUGUGAAUGUCAUCAGAAUUUAGUGUGCUUAUUGUAAUGGAAUGGAUAUGAUUUUAGAUGUAUAAGUAUAGUAGAUUUAUAUUUUCAUCAUUCUUUUAGUGCGUUAUGUAUAAGUUAAUGCUUUGAAUGUUUAAAUAUAACAUUAUUCUUAUAAAAAUAACGAAGAAAUAUUCAUCAAGAGUGUUUUAGGAAUGAGAAAUCUUUAUAAAUUGUAUGUUAAAUAACAUUAAAACCAAUUUCUCUUUCAUUAUCCCAUUUAAAACAUGAUUCUAUACGAGUAUUACUUAUUAAGGUUUUAUUAUAUCAACAAAUUUAUUUAUGUAUUAAAUCUAUUUUUUCUGUUGCCAA